AUGACAUUCGACGAAAAGAAUUUCUCUCUUGAAGAGGUUUUGGCCGUUGCUAAGCGCCAUCCUUUCUAUGCCCCAAGUGUCCAGUAUCCACCAGACAAAGAUGCCAUCCUAUCGAUCAGAGAGCAAGUUGCCGCUCAACCUCAAGCGUCUAAUCUGUCGUCUCAGCCACUGCUUUGGAAGAGUAGUUUGUACAAGGCAAUACAAAGACUAGUCGAUGACACGAGCACUCAAAACACCUUUCGCCGGGGGAUUUACGCCAGCACCACGGGCGGCGGUUCCUCCCGCGAACCACUGUUCUUUGCAACUGACGUUUCUGAGAACCGUCACCAUCGAUUCGCUUUCGGUCGCUUCCUUGGAACGGUCGGGCUGGUGACGGACAAGGACUGGGUGGUCACCAUUCACCCCGAGGGCGAGCUCUGCCGAUCUCUGGACCUCACAAUGGAAAUUUUGGAAAAUGGCGGUAGCAGUGUCCUCGUCGCAGGCGAUUCCAUGCUCCCAGAAGCGGUCAUCAAUCUCAUCAUCAAGUACCACGCCAACGUCCUGGCCGGAGAGUCAUCGCAGAUCAUCAACAUGGUCCAUUACAUCUCUUCAUUACCUAACCGUGAACGAGGCAAAUUCAAGCUCGAUAAAGUCAUCUACACCUCGGAGAGCCUGACGUCUGGGCAGCGAGCUGAAAUACAUAAAGUGCUUGGCGCCGAUCUUAUGAUUUGCUCUCUUUUGGGCAGCGCGGAGGCAGGCCCAUAUGCGUUCAGUUGUCCUAGUAUUACCGGCAAAAACCAGAGCGGCGAGGGGACUGCGGCAUAUGAGGACUUUGUUUUUGAUACUCGGCUCACCAUAAUGGAAAUCUUGCCUGCGACAGUCGACGAGAGUGAUGAGAACCAAACCCCAAACCCCGUUCCGGGUGGAGAGAAAGGUGUCAUUGCCCAGACGUCUCUCGUUCGCCUGCGCAAUCCACUAGUGAGAUAUAUCACCGGAGAUGUCGGGUCGUUGCACGAUCUGCCAGAGCAAGCCCAAGGCUUUAUCCCCCAGUCGGCGUGGCCCCAUCUGAAGGUCCUUCGGCUCUAUGGCCGUGACCGUCGGUUCAGCUUUGAGUGGGCAGGCAGUUAUCUUGAAUUCAACGCCCUCAACGCCCUCAUGAACAAUGAAAUUCGCGGGAUACUCCAGUGGCAGGUAAUACUGGAGAAGAUGGAGGAGAGCCCACUUGAAACAAGGCUCGAGUUCCGUAUUAUGCUGGCUCGAGAUAGCUGUGAUUCCGCGGAGAAGAUCUCCAGUAGGAUCAAGAAGUUCUGCUGUGUGAUUGCGUCUUUUGAACGGAAAUUCAGGACCAUAUUCGUGAACGAUAUGGAUGAUUUCGUGCGGAGUCCUGGUGCUCGGAAGGUAAUCAAGUUUGUCGACCGGCAGGGCUGA